CUUCUUCCCCCCUCUCACCUCCGUCCCCUCCCAAUUUCUCUGGUAUUAUUGACUGCUCGCUCGCCCGCCGCCCGCCUACGCGUUGUCUACCACCAGACCGCUACCCGCCGCCGCUGUCGCCUGCUGGGGCCAGACUUUUUUCUUUCGCUUUUUCGCUCCGACCGCCUCUGCUCAGGUUCCCAUUCCUGUAGUCCCUCUCUCUCACACACCUACAUAAUACACUAAUCCCUACGCCCAUCCCAUCUUCUUCGUCUUAUUACCUUCCCUUCCGACUUCUUCUCUCAAAAACUUUGAAUACCACCUAUAGCACACACACACACACACACACACACACCUUCACUCCCACCUUUCACCACGGAGACAAAAUUAGAAAGAAAAGGGGGUUGAAACAGGUCUGCUAUUUUGUCCGCCCUGCGAGUCACGUCUACUUGGGCCCGAGCCCUCCCACUGCGCCGAGGCGUUCUUUGCGCCACAGCGAGCCCUUUUUCCCUUGUCAGACCCGAGCCUCGACACUCGACGGCACUCCCGAGUCUUACUCGGCCCAACUCGACUCGACUCGACUCGACCAGACCAGACCAGACAGUCCAAAGAAUUGCUUGAGUCGCAGACUUUACCCCCACCACCACCACCACCAGCCAGCCAAUUCUGCAUAACCUGUCGCUGCUGCCCCUCCAGCAACCCGCCCUGCUGUGCAUAGCUGUUCAUUCUUGCCAGCUGCACUGCACCCACGCUUCCCUUGCGGCUGACACCCAUCUGCGGCCUGCCUGCGUCACCGAUAGCCGGAACCAAGAGAGACAACAGUCAAACAAGGGGAAAAGAAAAAGAAGGACAGACCAAGAAAGAGGCGAUAGGUCAUCCGCCGUCGGUUCGCUUUCGCGUAUAUACCGCCUCCGUCCCGUCUACCCUCUCUGUCUCUCUCGCUCUACCACCAGGACCCCUCCGAACGAACCUUCGCCCACCAAACAAACCUGCUGCGCGCUCAUGCCUUCCGCAUCCCCCGCUAUGGCGAGCCCAACAACCGCCUCGGCGGCCAGUUCCAAACCUUCCUCAGUCAAGUCUGACGGCAAAAAAUCGCCGCGUUUGACCCCGCAAAAUGGCCAGUCCCUCACCAACGGCAAUUCGUCCCACGACGCCCUGCCGAAACCUGCCGAGAAACCCUCCAUGAAGGACAAGCUCACGCGCAUGUUCUCGACCAAAGACGUCAGCCGAAACGCUAUUGAGGUUCCCCAUCGACCCCGCGGCUCCAGCUUUAAUGGCAGCGACAAGCCCCAACCUCCCAGCAGGAAACCAUCCACCACCACCGCAGAGAAAGUCCCCGAGAAACCAGCCAGCAAACCCGCAAAACCCCCCGUAAAAGACCUUCAUCGAUUCAUGGCGAGCCCGGACUUGCAAGGUGGCCACGAGCACCACCUCAAGUCAAGUCGCAGGCAGGAGAAGCUCUCCGACAUGUGGCGUACCCUCAUCGGCAAGAAGCAAGAGCACGCCGAAAACGACCUGUCGCUCGUCUCUAACUGGGUCGACACGCUCAAGGCCGAGAAGGAGGAUAUGGCUGGCGACAAGAAGAACGGUCCAAAUGCAACGACCACUCUUGUAGAAAAGUACGGAAAAUGUCAGGAGGUUGUAGGCCGUGGUGCCUUUGGAAUCGUCAGGAUAUCCCACAAGAAGGUCGAGAAUGGAGUAGAAAGACUUUUCGCCGUCAAGGAAUUCCGCCGUCGCCCAGAGGAGACGGAGAAGAAGUACAGCAAGCGACUGACUGCCGAGUUUUGCAUUUCCUCGUCGUUGCGUCACCCCAACGUUAUUCACACUCUGGAUUUGCUCAAGGACGCCAAGGGAGAUUACUGCGAAGUCAUGGAGUUUUGCGCCGGUGGUGAUUUGUACACUCUCGUCCUCUCAGCCGGCAAGUUGGAGGUUCAGGAGGCGGAUUGCUACUUCAAGCAGAUGAUGCGUGGUGUGGAGUACCUCCACGAGAUGGGUGUUGCCCACCGCGAUCUGAAGCCCGAGAACCUGCUGCUCACUACUCGUGGUGGCUUGAAGAUUACAGACUUUGGUAACGGCGAGUGCUUCAGAAUGGCCUGGGAGACGGACCCUCACAUGGUUUCCGGCCUCUGUGGCUCUGCUCCCUACAUUGCGCCCGAGGAGUACACAGACAAGGAAUUCGACGCCCGCGCUGUCGAUGUCUGGGCCUGUGGUGUCAUUUACAUGGCCAUGCGUACCGGUCGCCACCUUUGGCGCGUUGCCCGCAAAGACGAGGACGAAUUCUAUGCUAGAUACCUGGAAGGUCGUCGCGACGAGGAGGGCUACGGACCGAUUGAGUCCUUGCACAGAGCGCGCUGUAGGAACGUGAUAUACUCGAUUUUGGAUCCUAAUCCCACCCGUCGCAUUACUGCGUCCCAGGUCCUUAAGUCAGAGUGGGGACGCGAGAUCAAGCUCUGCAAGGCUGGUGAAGAGGGCCUUUGAAUAACGACCUCGUCUUGGAACUACUACGGUGGACAGCUUCUUUAUUGUCAACAAGACUUUCAACAAUUCAUUUCAACGGCGGAACAGCAAUGACCGGAAUUUUCCAACCCGGCACAACGAUAGAACAAUGCGUCUGCACAGACAGCGUGCGUCAACCGGCGGUCUUUUGACUCCCUCUUUCAGCCUGCUUCGAUUCACACCCUUUUACACUUGUUUACCUGACGAUUUUACGACACCCCCAUGCGACCUUGUUAUUGCGAGCAUCGGCGUUUGGCGUUUCACCCUCCCAUGCUGCUUACACCACAACAACCUACUGUUCAACGUACAUAUGACACCCCCGUCUUUGGAACGGGGCACCGGCAGAACUACGCUACAGAGCCAGGCCCACUACAUCUCUGGAUUGAUUUGGCCAGCAGUCCUCAAGCCCCCAUGGAAUGAAGCUAUAAUGAGCGACGGAUUUAAGAUGCGCAAGGGCAUUCACGACCUGGAAACGGAAGAUGGACUUGGUUGAGCCUCAGGGGAAGAGGCUCGGUGGGAUGGUUGAGAGACGGGAGAAAUCGGUAAGGACCGGAUGCAUAGGCCAUGAUGCAUCGGUCUUGGGAACGACGUCUUUGGGAGACUGCAUGCGUGUGCGGGCUAUGGAACCGAUGUGUCCCGUACAUUUGCCAGAAUCAAAUGUCCUGGAUUGAUCGUGUGGUCUCCCAGCAGCAAACUCUCUAGUCCACUCGCUUUGCUCCUAUAGUGAGUGGCUGUAUUCUGAGCCAAAGACCUAAAGAAAGAAAAAUUUAAUGAACAAAGCAAAGAGGGAGCGGCAUCCUUGGGCGUGAUCGUCUCUGUGACUGCUCUUGUCUGUGUGCUCACAACUCUUUGCCAUGAAUUUUGCUUGGGUCUGGCAGUCUGGGCGGUCCGCAAAGACCGCCUGUGCGGAUGGUCGGUCACCUGUUCCACGUCCCGGGCACAGGCUGAUCCGUGGUAGGAACCACAGAAGCAUAUUGCUGGAUCUAUUGCAUCGUGGGGAUACGCAAAGCCACGAUGCCUUACUUUGCCUUUUUACGAUGACAGGUGGGCAUUACCAGAGAGCCGGGGCGCAGUAUAGAGUUGUCUACAGCCACGCUUGCUCGUGGGACAACUGCUCUGUGGGUUUUAUCAUUUGCUGAGAGGUCCUCUUUUGCUAAACUCUACUUUCUCUAUAUAUCACAG